UUGUUGGUAUUUACGGUGUGAUUUGUUGUCGCGAGCUCGCGUGCACGGGGUCGUUAUCGCAUACUAGCAAAUCGGUACCCUCCGCGUGCGCCCUGUUAGCCGCUGUAAAGCGUUUUUCCAUUCUGUGGUCCUGCCCUCGAGACUGUGUGCUAAAUUCUGAUUGGAGGAAUGGAGCGCCAAUCUGUCCUGCACCAGUGAUCAGGCCAGGAGACUCCAGUGGUGACAUCCUGUGGAGCCAGAGAUCAAAGGUGAGGAGGCUGUUCUACCACCGCUGGAACUGAAGAUUGCUUUAAAUAAGCAAGCCCUUGUAGAAGGUUUUUAAGUCAUGAUGCAAGAAUCUGGGACGGAGGCGACGAGCAACGGACCAGCCAACCAGAAUGGAGGAGCCAAUGUGGAGGGCGGGUCAAGGGAUGGACGACCCAAGAGCGCCACGCCGUCCGUGGAGGUGACUGCAGCUGACCUGCUGCAUCUCCAGCAGCACCAGGCUCUCCAAGUGGCUCGGCAGAUACUCCUCCAGCAGCAGCAGCAGCAGCAGCCGCCUCAGUCACAGCAACUGCAGUCUCAACCAAACACUGGCCGCAAAUCCCCCAAAGUCAACGACAAGCAGCAAAGCCUACAGGUUCCAGUUUCAGUGGCUAUGAUGACACCUCAAGUGAUAACUCCACAGCAGAUGCAGCAAAUCCUUCAGCAGCAAGUCCUGAGCCCUCAGCAGCUCCAGGUUCUCCUCCAGCAGCAACAGGCCCUCAUGUUACAGCAGCAGCAACUCCAAGAGUUCUACAAGAAGCAGCAGGAACAGCUCCACCUCCAGCUUUUACAGCAGCAGCAGCAGCAUGCAGGCAGCAAGCAGAGCAAAGAGCAGCAGGUGUCAGCACAGCAGUUGGCCUUCCAGCAGCAGCUCCUGCAGGUCCAGCAGGUCCAGCAGCAGCAUUUGCUCAACCUCCAGAGGCAGGGGCUGCUCACAAUCCAGCCCGGACAGACUGGCCUGCCGCUGCACUCCCUCACUCAGGGCAUGAUUCCAGCCGAGCUGCAGCAACUGUGGAAGGAGGUGACAAACGCUCACGUGAAGGAGGAGCACAACAACAGCAGCAGCAACAACGGCCACCGGGGCCUUGACCUGUCCUCCCCGGCACCGCCAAAGAACCCACUCCUCAACCAGCAUGCCUCCACCAAUGGGCAGUACAUGAGUCACAAGAGAGAAGGAUCCACGCUAGAAGAGCAUUCCCCCCACAGUCACCCCCUCUACGGCCACGGCGUCUGCAAGUGGCCUGGAUGUGAGGCGGUCUUCGACGAUUUCCAUUCAUUCCUCAAGCAUCUCAACAAUGAGCACGCCCUGGAUGACAGGAGCACAGCCCAGUGUCGGGUGCAAAUGCAGGUCGUACAACAGCUGGAGCUGCAGCUAGCGAAAGACAAAGAGCGUCUGCAAGCCAUGAUGACGCACCUUCAUGUCAAGUCCACGGAGCCCAAAGCCACCCCACAGCCGCUCAACUUGGUGUCCAACGUCACGUUGUCCAAAUCGGCCCCUGAGGCCUCUCCUCCUCUGAGCCUCCCCCAGACCCCCACCACGCCCACAGCACCCCUCACACCACUGUCCCAGACCCACUCCGUCAUCACAGCCAACAGCCUCCACAGCGUGGGCCCCAUGCGACGGCGCUAUUCAGAAAAAUACAACAUGCCCAUCUCUCCAGAUCUCAGUCAGAACAAAGAGUUUUACAUGAAUGCAGAUGUUAGACCGCCGUUCACGUACGCCUCACUAAUAAGACAGGCAAUCCUCGAAUCUCCAGAAAAGCAGCUAACACUAAACGAAAUCUACAACUGGUUCACACGAAUGUUUGCAUAUUUUAGGCGCAACGCGGCGACGUGGAAGAAUGCAGUCCGGCAUAAUCUUAGUCUUCACAAGUGUUUUGUGCGAGUAGAAAACGUAAAAGGGGCUGUGUGGACAGUGGACGAAAUAGAGUUCCAAAAGAGACGGCCUCAAAAGAUCAGUGGAAGUCCAGCCUUAGUGAAGAACAUUCAGACCAGCUUGGGCUAUGGUCCGACCCUCUCUGCUGCCUUCCAGGCUUCAAUGGCAGAAAACAACAUACCUCUAUACACUACUGCUUCCAUUGGAAGUCCCACCCUCAACUCGCUGGCUAACGCCAUCCGCGAGGAGAUGAAUGGAGCGAUGGACCAUGGAAACAGCAACGGCAGUGACAGCAGCCCGGGACGCUCGCCCCUGCCAGCUAUGCAUCACAUCAGCGUUAAGGAGGAACCACUGGACCCCGAAGACCACGAAGGGCCCCUCUCACUGGUAACGACCGCCAAUCACAGUCCGGAUUUUGAUCACCACAGAGAUUACGAUGACGACCAGGGCCACGACGACAUGCUGUAAGGCUAGUGCUGCCCGCCCCGCCGCCCCUUUUCCUUUUUGCCCCCCUCCCCCCCCAGCCUCAGAGGCAGAGGCAGUCUGGGUCAUCUGGGAAACGCUCAGAUAACAAACACUGAACUGCAGUCUCAGCCACUGAUGAUGACAGCUCUCAAAUGUCUCCGAGUUGAACUUUUUUAGUGCCAUUACAACAUAGCAAAAACACGAAAAACCCCACAUGAGGAUUUUUUUUUCCUGAUUACUUUUGAUUUAAGCUUAAUUUCUACUCAUGUGUGGGAUGUUUGGUACGGAGUGGGGGGGGGGGGGGGCGUUUGGAGAUCCUUGCCGUGCAGCCAGGAUGGACUGCACCCAGCGGACUGCAAGAGAGGGGUCGUGUCUCUACACCCCCCUCCCCCCUCCUCGUCCUCCGCUCUCCCUCCCUCUCUCUCACACGUCUGACCACAAACUCAAGAGAGAGAGCGAGAGUGACUGACAUUUAAUUUGCUACGGAGCGAGCGCGGACUUCUGUUCAUUGUCACUGCCUUCAACACUUCUCAUUGGUUUCCAUCAGUAGUGGGAGGGAUGUUUUUAUUUGGGUGUAUUUUUUGUCAAUGUUGGGGAUGUGAGAGGGUCUAAAAUAUCAACAUAAUGUGUCUUUUUUUCCAUUCGAUGCUGUUAUUGAUGUCUUUGUUUUUAUGAUUUUCUUUAAACUGAUCAGACCUCAUGCCCAUGCUGUGGAGAUUCUGUGUGGUCAGCACUUGAUGAUGAAUGUUUAUGAUUUCUUUUCAUGUUGUUCUUUUUAAAAACACACACACACACACACACACACACACACACACACACACGAAGCAGAAUGUCACAUACCAAGUAAUGUUUUUCUGUCAUUUAUUCCACCAUCUUCAAAAAAAAGUCACCACUCUGACGUGUAGCCGCCCCCUCCCUCCUCCCCCUCCCCCUCCUCCUGCUCAUGAAGUCCAUUGGCAAUGCACUACUCGUAAUGAAGGCUCUCUCCACGCAUCAAUGAAGUUUAAUUUAAGAUGCGAAUGAAUGACAGAGAAAUCAUGCAGGUUAUGAUUUAUCCUUAUGAAAUUAUACUUUAAAACAGCCCCCCUCACGGCAGAGCAUGUCGAGCCGCAACAGAAUUUCUGAUCACCCACAAGCUCUUUUUUUUUUUUUUUUUUUUUAGAAAAAAAAAGCAAAAUGAAAAUGUCAGGUGUGCGCCGGAGAGAUAAUGAUUUAGACCAACUAAUUGUGAUUCCUGAACACAGCCGCAAUCAAACGCGUCUGCUUUUCCACGCCGUAAUUUUCAUUCACAGAUAAACGUGCAUUCCCUGUCGCUUUAUUUGUGUCUUGCGCAUGACCGGUUUUAUGGUUUUUUUGGGGGGGUUUUUUGUAGCCCGGGGUUGGAAAUUGCACACCGGGUAUUUUUUCUUUUAACGAAAGACUCGCAAUAAGACGGUAACAUUGCACAUUCCAUUCCAGCAUUUGACAGCCAUUAUAAAGGGCCCAAACGUUUAGGGAGCUGUGGAUUCCUCGACGUUCAAUGUCCAAAAAGCCAAUAGUCAUAUUCCUGCAGCGUUGAACCGAGUGGAAUCCAUGUGUGUUUUUUUGUGCUGCAGCAGCAAAUAUUCCAGCUUUGGUAGGGAGGUAAAUUUGAUCACAAUUUCAAGACUGCAAUCAACCACUUUUUAUUUAUUAAUAUUAUUAUUUUAUGUUUUAUUUGGCUUUUUUUGUUUUAUGUGUUUGAAUAUCUUGUUCUGUGACAACCAAAGAUAACGUCAAUGAUGUGUGUUCCAUGCAAUAGCAGAUAAGGCCAAAUAUCUCCCCUCCAUCCUCUCCCAUUGGACGAUCUCAGCAGCUGCGAUCACCGGUGGCAGAUCGAAUCGAGGGAAACGCUCCUCAAACUGGUGUUUUCAUUCACUUUUUUUUCUUUUCAUAUAAACCAAAGGGGGUGUCUCGAACAGGACAGCUGCAGUCACGUUUGCAGUGACCAAAACUGAACGGGAGGCGCUGACAGUCUGACUACACGAUGACCAAAUUAGGGAAACUUUUUUUUUUUUGCCAGUGAGUGGAAAAGGGAGCUUUUUUUUGUCAGGAGCAGAUUUGUGUGCAACAUAAAGUGUAUGUAGAUUUAAAAAAAGUGGUAAAUGAGAAAAGCUUUUUGCAGAGAACAAUGUGAAACGGAUUCUAUACUUCAACUGGACCACACCAUGAUUUCUUUUAUUCCUUAUUGUAUCCUUUGAAAUGAUUGUAUGCCACUUUUUAGGGUUUUUUGGCGUCUUUCCUGGGCAAGACUUUAUGAUUGUGUUCUUAGUUUUCUGUCAACUUAUUACUUUUUAUAUUAAAAAAACACUCCUGUCAACUAAUAAGCUGGGUACAAGGUACUUUAUGGCAGUUAUUGUUAUUAUAUUUUGUUAAGUUCACAGCUCAUUAACUACAAAAAAGGAAAAAAAAGGGCAAUCUGUGGUUUCCAGAAGUUGUAUUUAAUAUCCAGGCAGCUGUGGGAUGGGUCAGUUCCAGCCGUGCUAGGAUCGUGAGAACAGGGCCGAGCUCAUCCACAACCCCCCCCCCCAGUCAUCUGGCUGGUUUGUUUGGUAUUCGCAAAAAAAGGAGGAAAAGCGCUGGUAGAUUAGAACAUUCUCAGCAUGUGUAGCUUGACAUUACUAAAGAUAACAGCAUGAGAAAACCGUUUGUACGCAUACCUCAGUUCAAACCUAUAGGGAAUGAUUCAAUUAAACCAGAAAAUAAACAAACAUUUCACUCAGUUGCACUUAGUUGUACGUCUUGCAUGUGUAGUCUGAUAUUGUAGAGAGAAAACUACAAAAAGAAAAAAAUGAAAUUAGAGCUUGUUUAUCUUAAAGCUUUCAUCCUUUUUUUUUUUUUUUUUUUUUUUUUUGCCAAACCAAUCCAAACCUCAGGCCUUUUGUUCAUGGAAACAUCACCCAGCUGUGUGUGGCACCAUUCAUCCUGUCAAAGUCUCUGAUGGGUUGUUUUAAGGGCGUUCCAAUAUUAGGUUGUACAUACAUGUCGGUAUAGCCUUUGUCUUUUUUCCUCUCUCUCUCUCUCUCUCUCUCUCUCCUUUUUUUUUAAAGAUCAAAAAAAUACAUUUGUGUUAUGAUGUUUGCUUUAUCGCUUUGUAUUAACUAUGAAAUAGCUAUGAGAAAAAAACUGCUGUAUGUAUUGGAAUAGCAAACUGUGCUGCAAAUGUAUUUUACUUAGUAAUCCUUGCUUUAAAAAAAAGAAAUGAAAAAGAAAAAAAAAUCACAUCAUCCACGCAGACAUCUGGGUGAGCUGGGCAGGGGCAGGCUGGGGGGUGGGAGGGAGCGGGUGGGGGAUUAUCCCCGAUUUUGGAUUUUAAACUGUAAUAUAGAAAACAGACUUUUCUCUGUUAUCAUUGACCUAAGCAUUUUGUACAGAUUUUUUUCUCCCUCUUUGUGUUAAGCUGUUUUUUGAUACUUCCUUUUGAUGGUCCAACCACUGCCUUCUGUGGCUGUAUGUUAAAGAUUACUGCUCGGAGGAAAAGGGCAGACAGGUAUAUUUCCUCUACGAGACGGAGAUAUCAUGCAUGACUAAUCCCAGGGUCACAGAGAUGAGGGGGGGCGGGCGGGCGGGAUAUGUUUUAAGUGGUCAGUAAUAAUAUAAGGGUGUAUCAAUCUAAUGAUAUUUUAUAUGAAAUUAAUAGGAAAAAGAAAAAAAUAUGCAGUGCCAAGAUGUAAAGAAUAUUGUUAAAUGCUGUUUCUUUUUUUUUGUUUUCACUCACACAUCAAAGAUGUGUCCUUCUCAUCCAUGUCAUGUAGGUAAAAAACACUUUUUUUGUUAUGGCAUCAAGAUAUUUAUAUUUUUAUCUCAAGGGUCAUUGUAAAUGAGUCAAACCAAGCACAGCAGGCAGGUCAAAGGUUAGACGCUGAUGGAGACUUCCUGCAAACUGUGGCCGCGUGGCA